CUUUACUAUUAAACCCAACUGGCUCCAGCAACACAGCCAGCUCCCCCCUCUCUCUUUGUACAAAUAUAUCUUUCUUAGUGCCUGAUACGCUAUAACACAUCACGGUAAAAUGACUACCGAAGAAAAAGACAAGAAAUACACCACAAAGGGCCUCCCGCCCCCUCCAGAUGCCUCCUUGACGACGAUGCCCAUGGCCGGCCUCUUGGUUGAUGUCUACGGCCUGGAAGAGCUUCCCGCAUCACCAGCGCCGGUGACAUGCCUGUGGUUGCUUCAUCCUCGGACACGAACAAGGGCUUCUAUGAAUGAUGUAGCCAAGCGGGCAAUCCACUCCUGGAACCAGAAAGGACAGGCGAGAGGGCUCGUGGCGUUGGCCUUUGACAUGCCCAACCAUGGGACGAGGAUGGUAAGCGCAAAGGCCAACUUGGCGUGGGAUGAGGGCGAGGGCAAUGAGAACCAUGGCAUCGACAUGUUUGGCCUGGUGAAGGGCGGUAUGAGGACCAUGAGCGGACUGAUGGACCAGGUAGGGAGCUAUCUCGGGCGAGAAGUAGAUGCUCAUGUGUGUCUGGGAUGGAGUCUGGGAGGACAUGCGGUGUGGCAGGCGUGGUUUGGAGAGGAGAGGAUAGAUGCUGGCGUGGCGAUUGUAGGAUGUCCAGAUCUUACAAACAUGAUGGCGAGUCGAGCUAAGCUGUCCAAGCUGGACUGUGGCGAGACCGGCUUCCUGGGGAGCAAAUACUUCCCUGCUGAUUCUGUCGCCACGGCGGGCAAGUUCGAUCCCAAGAGUAUUCUGUUCGGGACCAACGCCAUUCCUGCUCUGCCGCUCUCGUCGGCUGAACAGGAUCGUCUUCGCGGCAUAUUAGACAGCCGUAUCCGAGGCAAGAAGUUGCUUUUGUGCUCGGGAGGCGCUGAUGAGCUGGUGCCGUAUUCCAAAGGGGAGCCGUUUAUUCGGCUGCUAAAGGACGCGGCGGGUGGGUGGUAUGCUGAUGGGAAUGUUGAGGUGGAUGAUAGGGUUUAUGAGGGGGUUGGGCAUAGAUUUGCGGCGGAUAUGGUGAAUGAUGCGGUUGCGUUUUUGAUGAGGGUGGUGGCGGAGGGGCCGAGACAAAGGAAGAGGGAUGUUGAGAGUAGAGCGCGGAUGUAGAUUGAGAGAAGCUUGUAUGGCAAUCUUUCAAAGUUGAUAAUUGCUAGAAUUGUCUAUUUUACAUGCAAUUAAUCAAUAUCGGCAAUAUAAUAAAAAACCUCCACG